AUGAAACAACAAUAUUGGUUCUUACCUGUUUCCUCGCAUAUAACAUGCGAGGAAAUAGGUGAGGAAGCUGUAACAAGCGAGGAAACAGCCUCCUCACCUGUUUCCUCGCAUGUUACAGCUUUCUCACCUGGUAAGAAAGAAAUGGAAACAGGUAAGAAACCUGUAACAUGUGAGGAAAUAGGUAAGAAACCUGUAACAUGCGAGGAAACAGGUGAGAAACCUGUAACAUGUGAGGAAAUAGGUAAGAAACCUGUAACAUGCGAGGAAACAGGUAAGAAACCUGUAACAUGUGAGGAAAUAGGUAAGAAACCUGUAACAUCCGAGGAAAUAGGUGAGAAACCUGUAACAUGCGAGGAAACAGGUGAGGAAGCUGUAACAUGCGAGGAAAUAGGUAAGAAACCUGUAACAUGCGAGGAAACAGUUGAGGAAGCUGUUACAUGCGAGAAAACAGGUGAGGAAGCAACAAGCGAGGAAACAGGUAAGAAACCAGUAACAUGCGAGGAAACAGGUAAGAAACCAGUAACAUGUGAGGAAAUAGGUAAGAAACCUGUAACAUGCGAGGAAACAGGUUUCUUACAGGUUCAGGAGGAAAUAGGUGAGGAGGCUGUAACAAGCGAGGAAACAGGUGAGGAAGCUGUAACAUGGGAGGAAACAGGUAAGAAACCUGUAUUAUGUGAGGAAAUAGGUAAGAAACCUGUUACAUGCGAGGAAACAGGUGAGGAAGCUGUAACAUGCGAGGAAACAGGUGAGGAAGCAACAAGCGAGGAAACAGGUAAGAAACCAGUAACAUGCGAGGAAACAGGUUUCUUACAGGUUCAGGAGGAAAUAGGUGAGGAGGCUGUAACAAGCGAGGAAACAGGUGAGAAAGCUGUAACAUGCGAGGAAACAGGUGAGGAAGCUGUAACAUGCGAGGAAAUAGGUGAGGAAGCAACAAGCGAGGAAACAGGUAAGAAACCAAUAACAUGCGAGGAAACAGGUUAG